UUCAAUUUGUCAGCAAUGACAAUAAUAAACAUAGAAGCUGUUUGCGAAAGACGGCUUUCCUGCAUGUUGUUUGUUGUGUUUUCAAAAUUUACUUCCAAAUGGAACCUCUCUACUUAAAAGCAUGCCGAAUGUGCAUGUGCUAUAGACAUCUUAAACCAUUGGAUUCGGAAAUGGUACGAAAAAUAGGAUCCUGCUUCGGUAUAAUGAUCAACCUUGAGGAUAGAACGUUACCCCUCGGUAUCUGUCGAAAAUGUACAAAAAAAGUUAUCCAGGCCAAGAAAUAUCGCGAUUUCUAUCUGUCAGUGCAGACGAAGUUGUUUGUAAAACGCUCAAACCACUUUCUUCGUAUAGACCGACAACCAUUGGUUGAAGUUAUUUUGAGGCGGAAUGAAUCUCCACGAUACAUCUAUCCUUCGGGCCGGCGAGUACAAGACAGAAUGCGGGAGGAAAAGCGAACAAAAGCCCGACCAAGCUCGGAAAGCAAAACAGACCCUCAGAACAAUGCAUCUGGAAACAAUAAUGCUUCAGUGAAUAGAUUACAAUCUCCUACCACUUCUUCUGCCAUUGCAACAAGCCAUUGUCCCCCAGAAGUAGAAUCGACUGCUGUUCCUCGUCAACGUACAACCUCAACUGAUGAAGUUGCUAACCAAAGCCAUUCGCCUUCCCCUGUACUUAAUUUUUCAAAUUCAAAUGCUCCGCCUCCCGCUGCUAUUACAUUAGUUGUAACCACACCUGAGGAGGUGACAAUGAACGGUUUGGACGAUCCAGCAGUUAAGGAGGAUUUCGAAGCAACCGAACACGAUAACAAUUCGGAAAAAGAAUCUUUUUCUAUUGAAAAAUUGGAAACAGAAUCAGACAUCCAAUCGCAAGAUGAUACGGAAAAUGUUGAUGAUUCGGCCACGUUUUAUGAGGAGCAGAAAAUCUAUCCCACCGAAGAGUUGGAGGAAGUACUUCAAGAUCAAAACAUGGAAGAUCCCGAGGAACAUAUGGAAGCAGAGUACCUUAAUCAACACGAGCUUAGCGCUGGGGAUGGCUUAGAUUCGGAACACCAUCUGACACAGGAACAGUACGAUUCGACUGAAAUAGAAGUGCUAGAGGCAAGUGAAGCAAUUGAAUCCGUCAUUCCCGGCAAUGAAAAUACUGGUUAUAAUGUUCAAGAUACACGGCGACGCAGGCGAAGUAAAAUCUCGGGUAGAGAACUUUACAAGUCGCUGCUGACUGAAUGCAACAUAUGCGGUAAAAUGAUUGAACGCAACCGCUUAGAGGGGCACAUCAAUCGACAUUCGGGACGUCGCCCGUAUGCGUGCCACAUAGAAGGAUGUUCUUCGCGGUUUCACUGUAAGCAUGCCUGCCGUUUGCACGUUCGCUGUCGGCAUGGAUCGGAAUCGUUCACAUGUACCGAAUGUGGAAAGGUAUACAAAGCGCGGCGCGAUUUACUGGGACACAUCAGAGAAACCCAUGUUGAGCCGAGAUUUCAAUGUGACGUUUGUGGGAAAAAAUUUACAACCAGGUCUCGACUGAAGCAGCAUAGCUUUUAUCACACAGGAGAGAGGAACUAUCCGUGCCGUGUGUGCGAGAUGCGCUUUUUCAGCAAUUUUCAGCUCAAAGUUCAUAUGAGAACACAUACAAAAUCUUUCCCAUACAAGUGUUCCGUUUGCAACAAGCGCUUUCGUUAUCGUCACAUGGCAAAAGAACACAUUGUAAAAGAUCAUGGGAUAGAUAUCUCGUUGCAAAAGGAUUGGGUCAUACAGUACCCUGAACCAGAUCCGGAGGAAGUGGAGGUGAUAAACGAAGAGGAAAACAUCAUUCAAUACAACAUUCAGCGUCUCGAGGAAACAGAAGAUGAAGAUAAUACGCUGGGGGAAGGUGCAGAUUCGGCCACCGUAUCUUUGAAAAUCGAUAAUACAGACGAAUACCAGAUUCCAACCAGCAUGAACAGUUCCGAAAGGACAGCUAAUAAGGAAGCAGGGCAUUUUGCUACCACCAAAAGUCUACGCCCAUCCAUCUUCUGCAAGUCAACUCAGAUCCUGGCAUACACUGAUGAUAUAGACAUCAUUGGUAUGCGGCUCUCCGAUGUACGAUGGGAUCGAGCAGGCGGCAGAGCACCUCAGAUUGCAGAUAAACGAGGCAAAGACCAAACUGAUGGUGGCAACAUCAGCGGCCCUACCAAUAACUAAUCCAACCCUACGUAGGCGUGACGUUCAGAUAGGUGAAUGCACUUUUGAAGUUGUCCCAGAAUUCACCCGUAUGUGUGGAAAGAUAAUGCAGGAGCCGCUAUAAAGAGGGGCUAUACGAGAUGUACGGCGAGCCCAUUGUCCUGCAGCGUAUCAAGCUUGCCAGGCGGCUGUGGGCAGGCCAUUUUGAACGCAUAUAAACGGACGACCCAGCCCGUAAAGUCUUUAGGCCGUCCACAAGGACAGAGGAAGUGUGGUAGGUCCAAACUGAGGUGGCAAGAUAGCGUAGAGGCGUCCACCAUUAAGGCCAGGAUAAUGGACUGGCAGACGAAGGCGCGAGACCGUGAGCGGUUUCGGACACUCCUGAGGCAGGCCUAGACCAAAGCGGUUAUAGCGUCGGAUAAGUAAGUAAAAUCACUUAGACAUAUAGUUUUAAAUUAAGCAAGAACUUCUCUUUUAACAACAUCACGUCAUUUUAAUGUAACAGAAAGUAAUUGAAAUUCUUCUUCUUCUUUGGCUCAACAACCGUUGUCGGUCAAGGCCUGCCUGUACCACUAGUGGGCUUUGGCUUUCAGUGACUAAUUGAUUUCCCCCCAUAGCAAGAUAGUCAAUCCUACGUAUGGCGGCACGGUCUAUUUGGGGAUCGAACCCAUGACGGGCAUGUUGUUAAGUCGUACGAGCUGACGACUCUACUACGAGACCGGCUCUAAUUGAAAUUAACUUGUCUUAAUUUCAUAAACGAUUAAUAUAAUUCAUAGACCAGGGAAUAUAAGGGAAGGCAGGUAAAGACGGACACGUUAAUGAAAAUGACAAAAAUCUAAGGAUGUACAUAAGCAACUACCAUGGAAAUGUGCAUACUCUAUGUUACACUCAUGUUUUAUCAGGAAAUAUGUUGAUACUUGUAAGUUUUUAUCGAAUUUUAUGUUUUUUUUUCAUGAAUUAAAAACAUGUUUUUUCGUACAGUUUUACAAUGUUCGGGUAAAACUGACACUUGAUAUGGGAUUAAUGGACACCAUGAAGGGUAAGAUCACUUGUACAAAACGUUGGAAAUUGAAAAGGUUUAUAAUAUUUUAACAUAUCGCAUUGCUUUCCACGUCUUGGUACAUACAUAAACCAAUUCUUAGCCAAUGACAACGACGGUUCAUUCAGCCGUGAAUUUAGGAAUUGUAAGCACCGCUUGCAACAUAUCGUAGAAUGCAAAAUCUAAGACAUUUUUUAAAUAUCGGGCACUAACAGCUGACAGCUUCUCCAGCUUACAGAACAACAAACUAGAAUUUCCCUUUAGGAAAUUACUUCGCGGAGAGCUCCAUGCUUUUUCUAGUUGCUGGAUGGUUUAUCCUUAUUUAAGGUAUUUGAUGAGAUCUGUUCAUCGCCAGUUGUUUUAAGAAGUAAAUUAAAUAAACAAAUCUGGUGUCCAUCUUUCUCUACGACAGAGUGUCCGUCUUUCCCGCUUUGGUGUCAGGAUGUUAAAAAGAAACAAGAUUGGUUUGGUGUUAAAAAGAAACAACGACCAGCUGAAAACAAGAUUUUUUAUUUAUUUCAUUCUCGUUCUUUCGCCAGUUGUUUGCUUAAUAAUCACGAUACAUUAAAAGAUUGGAGCUUAAGAUCUGCAGUAGUAUAAUUAGAACGAUCAGGGACCACACGAUUGAAUUAUUCUAAAAUUAUUUUUUUCAUGAAUUAUUGAGAAGUGUCCAUCUUACCCGUAGUGUCCGUCUUCGUUUGCAUUUUUCGUUUGCAUCUGAGACAUUACAUUCGAUUUCACACGCUAAAAAAUGGUAUUACUUGGUUAUAUUGGUGCACCUGAAACACUCCAAUAAAGUGUUUAUGUACCACGUCAAACAUCCAGAUUUCGUCCUUUGUUGCUUGUAGAUCAUCAAAAUGCUCGUUAUGCUUUUCACGAUCCUAUCAACUGUAUGUCCCAGUUUUUUAAAAUAAAAUGUUUAAUAUUUGACCGCAUUACCCGACCAAACCUGCACAUUCUUCUUCUCUUUGGCGUAACGACCUACGUGGUCAUUUCGUCUUGUUGAGACUUCCAAGAUUUAGUCGGAUAUUCCUGCCUUGCUAUGGGGAGACGGUCCGGUUUAAAUCGAUUCCGCUUUCCAAAUUUAACGCAGCUACUGCAAAAUCCAAACAUAGCUGAAAACGAUUCAGUCGUAGUUGAAAACGAUUCAGACGUAAUUGAUUGCGAUCCAUUCUCAUGGAUUGUGAUUCAUAGCAACUGGAUGAAGAUUCAAAGGAAAGUGAGAACAGGAGAAAUUAUCUAGGUAUGUUUUGACUUGACUUCAAUGAAUGGUUUGAGGGGCUUCAAAACUGAGCACUUAGAGCAGAGUAGUAUUAGUGUAUAUUUAUCUUUACUGAACUGAUAAUAUAACUAAAAUUUAAAACCAUUAUUAAUCCAAUUUAUGCUGAUAAGUUGAUUCGAAAUACAAAUACUGGCAGAAACUAAAAUAUGAAAUAGGAGUUUUUGGGAAAAAUAGAGAAUUUUUUCCCAUUUGAAGAUGUAAGCUAGUUUUACAGUUAAGUUUAUAAGUAUUAGUUAAGCUAUUUGUCUAGACCUGCGGAGGUCCGACAAUAGAUCCAAUUAUAUUAAAUUAAAUGAUGCUAACUAAAACAUAUUAUUGCAUAACAUUCAUAAAUGCUUCAAAAUAAGUUUAUGAGCGGUGGGAAAGCGUGGCGUCAAAAUUCCCCCAAAAAAAUAAAACUCUCCACCAUUUGAAAACCGCU